AUGUCCCACACGCAGGGCGAACGACCGGCCGUUUCCCUGGAAGUCAGGAGUCCGAUCCAGUCAGACGAAGAGUAUCUGAGCCCCCAGGAGGAGGCCAUGGAGGUCAGGGACUCGAAUGCACUAAGUGUCUGCUUCAAGGAGCGUCCUUCGUUUCAGGUGGCACCAUGUGACCAGGGGGUAACUGAGGGGCAAGACGUCAUCAUCUCAGCGAAGGUCAGAGGGCAGCCUCGACCCAUGGUUUACUGGCUGAAGGACAAAGUUGCGGUAAAGACGGGCGGACGCUUUGCCGUUCGAGAGACAGAAGACGGCACCAGGGAAAUGAGAAUCAGCUCCGCUCAGAGGUCGGAUGCGGGGCUGUACGUCUGCAAGAUCAUCAACGAAUACGGAAGCAAGCAGGUGGAGUGCAGAGUGGAGGUGGCAGCUGCGGCACAGACAUCACUGGGAAUCACCCGGGGGUUGAAAGACGUGGCGGCGAGGGCGGGAGAGUCGGCCAUGUUCGAGUGUCACGUGACAGGGCCUCUGGAUGUGGAUGUGGACUGGCUGUCCAACGGGAAGCUGAUCCAGCCGGCGCUGCUCAACUGCAAGAUGCACUUUGAUGGAAAGAGGUGUCGUCUGCUGCUGAAUUCAGUGCACGAGGACGACAGUGGGACAUACACCUGCAAGCUGAGCACCGCCAGAGAGGAGUUGACCUCGAGCGCGAACCUGAAGGUGACUCCGUCCAACGAGCCUCUGUUCACCCGUAAACUGGACGUCCUGGAGGUCAUCGAAGGACGUACGGCCCGGUUCGACUGUAAGGUGAGCGGAUCGCCUGCUCCACGAGUCACAUGGACGCACUUCGAGACGCGAGUGGAGGAGAGCGAUAACGUUCACAUCCUGCAGGAGAGCGGUCGCCACUCGCUCGUCAUCACCCACGUCAGCGGCGACACCGAGGGCUUCUACACAGCGAACGCUCAAAACAUCCACGGGAAGGCUGAGUGCACUGCUGAGCUCUACAUGCAGGAGCCGCGAGCUGCCAUCUCCUCUCACAUGGCCAAGUUGGAGAAGAUGCCGUCCAUCCCCGAGGAGCCUGAAGGGGUGGAGACCGAGGUGGAGAAGAGGACGAUGCCGGACUUUGUCAAACCUCUGGCUGACAUGGAGGUGGUGGAAGGAAAGGAGGUGGUGCUGAGGUGCACGGUGGCCGGCCUGCCCUACCCCACCAUCGCCUGGUACCACAACAGCAAACGCAUCGAGGGCAGCGAGGAACGCAAAAUGACCCAGUACAGGGAUGUCCACAAUCUGGUCAUUCGGAGCGCUUGUCACGCUCAUGGCGGUGUCUACAAGGCCGUCAUCUCCAACCGAGUGGGCAAAGCCGCGUGCUACGCACAUCUCUACAUCUCAGACGUCGUCCCCGAUCCUCCCGACGGUCCUCCAGUGGUGGAGGCCGUCACAGGGAAGAAUAUUAGCUUGAGCUGGAAGAGACCGAAGAGGCUCGACUCUUCAUUCGAUACCAGCUCUCUGCUGUACGUGGUCCAGCAGCAGCCUCUGGGCUCUAUCCAGUGGUCUGUCGUGGCCUCUAACCUGCGGGAGACCAACUACACCGUCACCUCCCUGUCAAAGGGGGUGCGCUACGCUUUCAGAGUUCUGACGUCCACCGGCAAGACGCUGAGCAAACCGUCCCCGUCCACUGACCUGGUCCAGCUGCUGGACAGAGGACCUUAUCUGAGGAAGGCGCCCGUCAUCCUGGACAAACCGGACGUCGUGUAUGUCGUCGAGCACCAACCAGCGAGCGUCACCAUCACGCUCAACCAUGUGCACGCAGUCGUCACCUGGAAGAAGAGGGGGGUGGUGCUGGUCAACAGGCCGGGGGUGUACGAGAUGAGCAUGCCGGACGACGAUCAGCACGCCCUGAAGCUCCAGAGGGUCAGGAGCACAGACGUCGGCCAGCUGGUGGUCACGGCCAGCAACCAGUUUGGCAGUGACCUCUGCACGCUUCAGCUGGCUAUGGCGGUGUCUCCUAAGUUUGAAACCAUCAUGGAGGACGUGGACGUGCACGUUGGGGAGACGUCCCGCUUGGCUGUCGUGGUUGAAGGGAAGCCAGACCCAGAUAUUCUGUGGUAUAAGGACGACGUGCUUCUCUCUGAGAGCAGCCACUUCACAUUCGUGUACGACGACCCGGAAUAUUCCCUCGUUGUUCUGAACGCCCGCCCCGAUCACUCUGGCGUGUACACGUGCACCGCCAAGAACCUGGCCGCCUCCAACUCCUGCAAGGCUGAACUCACAGUUCACACAGGUCUGACAUCAACACCAACACUCAAACACACAGUGACGGUCAACGGAAA